AUGAACCAUUUAUGGCUUCUAUCACUUGUUCCGUUUAUUGUUUGGGCAAGCGAAGAUGAGUAUCGAUUGAUUCAAGAUUUACGUCAGAAUUAUGAUUCUAUCGAACGACCUGUACGUCAUCAUUCAUUACCAUUACGUGUUAAACUUCGAAUCAUUCUUCAACAGAUAGUAGAUGUAGAUGAGAAGAAUCAGAUUGUCACAUUAGUUGUGUGGACACAAUCAACAUGGAACGAUUACAAAAUGAGAUGGGAUCCAUCUGAAUAUGGAAACAUCACAACUAUUCAAUUGCCCAAUAGUAUGUUAUGGAAGCCUGAUAUCCUCUUAUUCAAUAGUGCUGAUGAGCAUUUUGAUGCUUCGUUCCCUGUUAACUAUGUUGUCAGCAGUAAUGGAGAUGUUCUCUUAGCGCCACCUGGUAUUGUCAAAAUAAGUUGUGAACUGCGUAUGACAUGGUUUCCGUUUGAUGAACAAAUCUGUCAUUUGAAGUAUGGAUCGUGGACGUAUACAGGAUCAAAGUUAGAUCUUCAUAUCGAUGAUACGGAUUUGAGUGAUAGACAUAAAAUGGAUUUACAAUAUUAUUUACCAAAUGGGGAAUUUGAGCUAUUAGCAACACCAGCUGAACGUAUCGCCACAGAAUUCAAAGGAGACAAAUACGUUGAAUUGUAUUUCAAGAUGCAUAUCAAACGAAAGACAUUAUACUAUGGCUUGAAUUGGAUAGUACCAUCUGUACUUAUCUCCUUAUCCAAUGUAUUGGGAUUUACAAUGCCGCCUGAAUGUGGAGAGAAGAUAACAUUACAAAUUACAAAUCUGCUCUCCGUUACUGUCUUCCUUGGCAUGGUAUCUGAUGUCACACCGCCAACAUCUGAAUCUAUACCAGUCAUCGCUGCUUUUUUCUCUUUGUCCAUGCUGAUACUUGGAUGCUCCAUCAUUGCAACUUUAGUUAUUAUUAAUGUCCAUUUUAGAUCACCGAGAACUCAUGAAAUGGGUAGUUGGACACGUUAUAUCUUUUUGGAAUUUCUUCCAUGGAUCCUUUUGAUGUCCAGACCAGGCAGACAGUUUCGAAAGCCAAAAAAGGAAUCACGAGCAGAUGAUGAGACAAGUACAACAAGCCAAGCUAGUACAACACCAGAAUCAAGUCGCUUACUUGAUCAGAAGGAUCAAUGUCGUCUUAUACAUCGCAUUAACAUAGAUAAUGAUAAUAUGGAGAAUUGUAAAGAUGCUUCAUCAUUUCGUCCUCGGCUGGUCGAAAACACGGAUUACUUGUCCGUUUAUACACCAUUGGAAUCCGGAUUAAAGGAAAUAGUCCAAUUAUUACAUUCUUUCAAGGAGAGACUUGAAGAAGAAGAGAAGGAUGGUGACUUGCAGAACGAUUGGCAAUUCAUGGCUAUGGUGAUAGAUCGUCUUUGCUUAUUCUUAUUCACUUUUCUAAUUGUUUGUACAACACUAAUUGUAUUCCUAUCAACACCGAACCUUCUGAAUAGUCCUCAAUUUGAUUAUUGA